AACGCAAUUGCUGACGGGAUUUGUAGUUUUUAAUUGACUACAGACGCGAUGGCGGAAUCGCGGGUCGCUGAUUCGAUUCAUAUUAACGCAGCUCUUGAUUCGGUGUCUAGUGCGAUGGCUUAUUUACAGACUGAGAAAUCCCAAUCGGAUGAUCUUCCUCCUCUUAACCUGGGCGAUCUGGACCUCACCACAGACGAGUUCAUUCUGGAUGAGGUGGACAUUCACAUUCAAGCAAAUCUUGAGGAUGAUCUUGUAAAGGAGGCUCUGAAGACGGGUGUGGACCUGCGACAGUAUUCCAAACAAGUGGAGACAGAACUGCAGCGCAUUGAACAGGCGUCAAUCAAAGACUAUAUUAAAGAGAGUCAAAACAUUGCCUCUUUACACAACCAGAUCACAGCCUGUGACUCUAUACUGGAGCGUAUGGAGGGCAUGUUGAGCAGUUUUCAGAGUGACCUGUCGUCUAUCAGCAGUGAAAUCCAGACACUACAGCAGCAGUCUGUCAGUAUGAACAUGAGACUAAAGAACAGACAGGCCGUCCGCAGUCAGCUCAGCCAGCUGGUGGAUGAACUGGUCGUUCCCAGCACCAUGAUCUCUGUGAUUUUGGACAGUCCUGUCACAGAGCAGGAGUUUCUGGAACAACUUCAUGAACUCAAUAACAAGAUCAACUUUGCUAAAGAGCUCAGCUUCAGAGAGACCCUCGCCUGCUCAGACAUACAGGACAUCGUAGAUCGCCUCAAAAUCAAAGCAGUCUCAAAGAUCCGUGAGUUUAUUCUGCAGAAGAUUUACUCAUUCAGAAAACCUAUGACCAACUAUCAAAUCCCCCAGAACACAUUGCUCAAAUACAGGUUCUUCUAUCAGUUCCUGUUGGCUAAUGAGAGGUCAGUUGCUAAAGAGAUCCGGGAUGAGUACGUGGACACCAUGAGCAAAAUCUACUUCAGUUACUUUAAGUCAUACAGCGGUAGACUGCUAAAAGUGCAGUAUGAAGAUGUAGCAGACAAGGAUGAUCUAAUGGGGGAGGAAGACACUGCCAAAAAAGGUUUUUUCUCGAAGCCGUCUUUGAAGAGCAGGAACACAAUCUUUACUCUUGGUCAGCGGGGUGCAGUUUUGAGUCCGGUGGAGCUGGAGGGUCCCAUUCUGAUCCCACACGCCGCUCAGAGAGGAGAAUGCAGAUACCCGUAUGAAACUCUCUUCCGCAGUCAACAUUACGCUCUCUUGGAUAACGGCUGUCGAGAAUUCCUUUUCUUGUCUGACUUCUUUAUGGUGGCUGGAAACUCGGGGUUGGAUCUGUUCAACAGCAUUAUGGGAAAAACCCUCAGCAUGUUCCUGAAGAAUCUGGCGACGUACUUGACGGACUGUUACGACAGUAUUGCAGUGUUUCUUUGCAUUCAUAUCAUCCUGCGCUUCAAAGCCAUCACAGCCAAGAGGAAUGUUCCUGCCCUUGACAAGUACUGGGAGGCUGUGCUGGAAUUGUUGUGGCCGAGAUUUGAGCUCAUUUUGGAGAUGAACAUCCAAAGCAUUCGAAACACUGACCCACAGAAACUGGGAGUACUGGACACCAGACCGCAUUAUAUCACGCGCCGCUACGCUGAGUUUUCCUCUGCUAUUGUCAGCAUAAAUCAAACGUUUCCUAAUGAAAGGACCCAUGCGCUCCUGGGACAGCUGCAGAUUGAGGUGGAGAACUUUGUGCUGAAGAUGGCGGCAGAAUUUCCUUCCAGGCGAGAUCAGCUGAUCUUCCUCAUCAACAACUAUGAUAUGAUGCUGGGCGUUCUCAUGGAGAGAGCCGCUGACGACAGUAAAGAGGUGGAGGGCUUUCAGCAGCUGCUGCUGGCCAGAACGCAGGAGUUUAUAGAGGAGAUCCUCUCACCUCCAUUCGGAGGAAUGAUUGCAUUUGUGAAGGAGAGUGAGGCACUAAUGGAGAAAGGACAACUUGACAAAUUAAGAAACGAUGAAGCUCGUAUCAAUCAGUUGGUUCGGGGCUUCUCCAACACAUGGAAGCAGUCUGUGGAGGUCCUGAGUCAGGACGUCAUGCGUUCCUUUACCAACUUUAAAAAUGGAACCAGCAUCAUCCAGGGGGCGCUGACCCAGCUGAUUCAGUAUUAUCAUGGUUUCCAUAAGGUCCUCUCCCAACCCACAUUCCGCAGCAUUGCAGCGCGCUCAGAGCUCAUCAAUCUUCAUCAUUUGAUGGUGGAGGUGAAGAAACACAAACCAAACUUCUGAAUAAAUCUGAACUUACCUCCGCUAAACUGACCUGAAUACUUAAACGGUUUAAUCUGGUUGAUUUUGGGCUUGAAUGUCAUUCAUUAUAAAUAUGUCCCAGUAAUAUUAUAUGAUUCAGGGCUUUGUUUCAUAUGUUUAUAUUUUUAGUAUUUAUGUUUCAUCAGUAAAUGAAGAGUCUCAGUUUGUCCUGUAUGAAUUACAAAGCGAAAGAGAGAGAUAGCAGCAGAUGCUUUACUGUCACUUUGUUUAUGAAAUAAAACAUUCCCAAAAUAAAAUCUAAUGUCAAAACUAUAAA